AAAAAAGAAAGUGAAAUUAAACAACUAAGAGACGCUUUUGAAAUCACUAAUUAUGGCUCUAUAACAGAAAUUCAUAUUUCCAAUAAGCAAUUGCUUCAUGACUGCUUAAAUAGUAAAAAUACCAAAAUCUCUUCAAGUAGUGAAUAUGGGACUACAAUAAGCUUAAUGAAUAAAAAGCAACUGAGUUUAUUAAGUCAAAUUUUAAAUGAAUUUAAGGACCAAGGCUCCGAAGAAGCCUGGAUUUAUAUCAAUUCAACAUUAGAAAAAAUUUUUGGUUAUGAGAAUAUCUUAAAAUCAUCAAAUAAUGA